AUGUUUUUAUAAACAACAUUAAAUAACAUAAUGAUAGUCACUGUUAUUUACCACAUUCAUCGUUGCAGAAUGUUCAUGAACGUCUUGGUCUUGUCUAAUGUCCUGCGUAUGUAAUCAUUAAUCACAAAAAUAUUUUGUGAGCUUGUUAUGUUGUUUAAUUUUGUUUACUCUGUGGCCUGUGGCAUGGCAAGGCAAGUAACACAAGAAAUUUAAAACUAGUUUUCGCGUAUGUGCAUGAACGAACGUUAAAUUUUUGUCGCAUAAAUCGUAAAAUCGUUAAUCACAACUCGCAAAUCGCUGCUGCAAGAACUUACCUUAUUACAUAACCGUUUUUGGGUCGAUCCACGAUUAUUAUUUAGGGGAAGUGUAUUUCCCAAAAGAUAAAUGCAGCACGUCGACGAGGUGCAGGCGCGGGAGUACAGGAAACGCAGAAUACGCUCCAUACGGAUAGGUGAAAGAGCAAACUAUGUCAACAGCCCUCAUGUCAUCGCAAUGGUCGGCCUGCCAGCCAGAGGCAAGACGUAUAUUUCAAAGAAACUAUCCAGAUACCUGAAUUGGAUCGGCAUCAACACUAGGGUGUUCAAUCUAGGCGAGUACAGGCGCCAUGCUACCUCGGCUUACAAGAAUCAUGAAUUCUUCAAGCCGGACAACACUGAAGCAAUGGCUAUCCGUGCUCAGUGUGCUAUCGAGGCAUUGCAUGACGUCUGUCAGUGGCUAGAGAAUGGCGGUGAAGUGGCUGUGUUUGAUGCCACCAAUUCCACAUUGGAUCGACGGAGGGUUAUCCAGAACUUCGUAGUCAACAAAAUGGGAUUCAAGCUGUUCUUCGUUGAGUCGGUCUGUGACGAUCCCGCUAUAAUCGAGCAAAACAUAAUGGAGGUUAAAGUGAGCAGUCCCGAUUAUAUGAACAUGAACAAAGAUGCCGCCCUUACCGACUUCCUGCAAAGGAUCCAACAUUACCAAGAGAGAUACAACCCCCUGGACGAACAACUGGAGAAAGACGUUUCUUUCAUGAAGAUAUACAAUACAGGAGAAAAAGUUGUGGUCCACAAACACGAAGGACACGUCCAAGCCAGAAUCGUUUACUAUUUGAUGAAUAUCCACAUUACACCCCGAACAAUUUAUCUAACUAGACAUGGUGAAAGUGAGCAAAAUCUGGAGUGUCGCAUAGGCGGUGACUCAAAUUUGAGCGACAGGGGUAGGCAUUAUGCGAACGCACUAGCAGCUUACAUCCAAGAACAGAAGAUCGAGGGUCUCAGAAUUUGGACCUCUUGGCUCAAGAGGACUAUCCAGACGGUUGCAGGGCUCCACGUACCCCAGGAGAGAUGGAAGGCACUGAAUGAGAUAGAUGCCGGCGUUUGUGAGGAAAUGACGUAUGAAGAGAUAAAGGAAAAUUAUCCAGAAGAAUUCGCUUCUCGAGAUCAGAAUAAGUUUGCUUAUCGAUACCCGAGAGGUGAAAGUUACGAGGAUCUGGUGGCUCGUUUGGAGCCCGUUAUUAUGGAAUUGGAAAGGCAGGGUAACGUCCUUGUGGUGUCCCAUCAAGCCGUCUUGCGCUGCUUACUUGCGUAUUUCUUAGAUAAAUCCGCAGAUGAGCUGCCGUAUCUCAAAGUUCCCCUGCACACCAUAAUAAAAUUAACGCCCGUUGCUUACGGUUGCCGAGUCGAACACAUUUCUCUCAACAUAGACGCCGUGGACACCCACAGGCCAAAACCAGCAGUCCCUGGGGAGUUGGAGGAGAGGUUCAGGGUGAAAAACAAACUUAAAAUAAAUAGUUCGUCUACUUGAUUACCGAGUUUAUAUGAAACGACUGAAAACUGGGUGCCUAAAAAAACGUUAAUAUUGAUCUUCAUUGAUGUGAUUUAUCACCUGUUUGGUUUCGUUUAUUAUAACCAAUGUUCGAGGGUGUAAGUAGUUAGCAGAUAAUAGAGUGUUAUAUUUAAAUUUGGAACCAACCGUGUACGUGUAGGUAGUUCUUUUUGACUUUAUGUAUAUAUAACGUAAAUAUAUUUCAGAUAUUGUAUGUACUUUGCUAUGUUAUUAUAUGUAAUUGAAAAUUAUUUUUAUUGUCUUUCUGUGGUAUAAUAUACUUGUAAUAUAUAAUUAUUGUUAAAUAAAGUUAUUUUAUAA